GAGGAGAGAUGCUGGCGUGUCUGUGAAACACACAUUCAAACAUCUGUUCAGGACUGCAGAUGCACAAGAGAUUCAUGCUGUGUGUUCAGUGACAUCAACAUUCACAACACAUGAUGAAGUCUCAGCAGAAAUGCAUUGUGAUUUUUGCACUGGUGUGCUGCUGUGCGGUCCUGGUAGCGUUAAUAUUCUCUGCUGUAGAUAUUUGGGGGGAUGAUGAGGAUGGCAUCACUGAAGACAACUGCAGCAGGACCUGUCGUGUUGUGCUUGUGGAGAAUAUUCCAGAAGAUGUUUCCAUUCCGUAUGAAGGCACCAUUUCACUUACCACUGGUCUUCAUGAGCUUUUGGAUCAAGCACAUCGAUUUGUUGAGAUUGUGUCACCAUGGUGGGCUUUGAACUCUACCAAGUACAAGUCUCUACUUCCCCAGGCCAAACAGGGUCAGAUCUUACUUCAUCAACUGAUGAGUUUAAAGUCUCGGUCAGUCAAUUUGAGGGUUGUCAGUGAACUAACAGAUUCCUCAGAGCUCAAGCUUCUCUCUCAGUAUGGUGCAGACGUGCAUUACCUGAACGUGAAAGCUCUCACUAAAGGUCAGCUCAACUCUUCCUUCUGGGUGGUGGACAGAAAGCACAUGUACAUCGGAAGUGCUGGCAUGGACUGGAGAUCACUCUCUCUGAUGAAAGAGUUUGGAAUUAUCAUUUAUGACUGCAGCUGUCUGGUGCUGGAUCUGCACAGGAUAUUCAGCCUCUACUGGCAGCUGCAAUAUAAAGAGUUUGUGCCUUCCAUUUGGUCCAAGAAACUGAGCGCAUUGUAUAACAAAGGCAAACACCUUCAUCUGCACCUGAAUGACACAGAAGCAAAAGCAUACUUUUCUAGUUCUCCAGAUGUUUUGUGCCCUAAAGACCGGACGAAAGACCUUGACGCCAUUUUCAGAGUCAUUCAAGAGGCCAAGACUUUUAUUUAUAUCUCUAUAACUGACUAUUUACCAAUCCUCAACAGCAUCCAAACCAGGUACUGGUCACGUAUCGACAAUAUGCUGCGAGAAGCCUUGAUUCUGAAAAACAACAUCGAAGUGCGCUUGUUAGUAAGCUGCCAUGAGCAAACCAAUCCAAUGAUGUUUAACUUCCUGUGGUCAUUAGAAACACUGUGUGUGGAGUCGCUCAACUGUUCACUGGAGACGAAGUUCUUCAGCUCAAGUGAGUCAAGCAGAGGGCAUCUCUAUGGAGUUAAUCACAACAGAUACAUGGUGACAGACACAUCUGUGUAUCUCGGGAAUCUGAACUGGGUGGGCAGUGAGUUUGUGUUCAGCACUGGUGUGGGUCUGGUCAUCAGUCAGACGGUGGAGGAGAGGAACUCGACUGUAGUUGGCCGGAUAAAAGCUGUGUUUGAACGUGAUUGGCACUCGCGCUACAGUAAAACUCUAAAGCCAAACAACAUCCAAGCAUGCAUCAAACACACAGUCAAACAGCAAACAGCUUCAACUUGAGCAUAUCUCUUUCAAAACCACAGGCAAACCUUUAACUCAUUCAUGUACAUUUGCUCCAUUUAAAUAGUACAAUGCACUUUGCUUCUGCAUUUGUUAAAUAAGAAAUCUGAUGCAUUUCAUGCUAUUAAUAUAACUUUUGUUGAUGCCUUUUAAGGUGCUGUGAGAGUUUUUAACUGAAUUCCAAAGACUGUUUCUUUCUAUCUUUUAAUAUGAAAAUGUUUUCAGAUGGCAGUAACACUUUGUAUCUACAAAAUAAUGAAUGUGCUUCCAUACAAAUCAUUAUGCAUUAUCAGCACUGUGUAUCCUAUUUGACAUUUGUUUCGAAGAUUCUAAAAGAAAUCUUUCUACAGAUUUUCAUAAAUUUAAUCUUUUUUUUUUUGGCCAAUUCAGAUGUUUAAUCAAAUUUAUAAAUUUAUAGAUAAGUAUUAUCUGAGCAUACUUUGUCAUGAUUUGCACGUGUGUAUUUAUAGAUAUUUAGAUAUGCUGGGAAAUUAGCAGCUAUUUAUUAAUUAUUUAUACAAAUCAAUGAAGGCUUAUUUUCUUUUCAUUCUUUUUUUUUCAGGAAAUGUUUUCCACAAAUGUAAAUAAUAUUUUUAAAUUGUGUAAUGUAAAAUAUUUAUUUGAGAAGCGUUUUGAGAAAAAAACUGUAGGUAUGAAUCAUGAAUCAUAUUUAUUGUAGUCAUGCAUAUUACAGAAUGCUCAUUUCAGUUUAGAGUGUUAAGAGAGAAUUGGGCCAAUUCACUAAACAGUUGUGCCACUUUUUCACAUGGUAUUUCAGCGCAAAACCCUGCUUCUUAUUCACCAAACCACCUGAAGUCUAGUUUAAAUAGCCACAAUCAGCACUGAAAUUGCACUCCGUCUCGAGUAUUUAAAUUAAGUCAUUGUCAUUCCUUUCCGCGGAAACACGUCUCCUUUCUAUGUAAAUUAGGCUUAUUAUAGAUUGUGCUUUAUUCACAAAAUUUGCCUUGUGCAAUUUACAUCGUGCUAUUACUGCCAGAUAGCGUUUUUAAAAUUAACAUUCCUUGCAGCCAUUUAGAAAUCACAUAUUUGUUCAUUCUGCCCAUCCUGCAAAAUGCUGACAAGACAAAAGAAAGCAGAAAAGUCGAGCAUGAAAGGGGAUGUGUGACGACGAGGAGGGCAGAGCCGGGCUGUGAGGACACUUGGCCAGCCCUGAAUCGGGCUAAUCAGCCGGGAGGGGGAUAAAGACGAGCUGGAGGUGCCAGUUCGGGAGAGAGAGAGAGACACAUGGCCACUGUGUGUGUGUCUGUGUGUUUAUGUUUGUUUAUACACCAAUGUGCAGGGUGUCACACAAGGAUUAAUUUGAUAGGAAGCAUGAUACCAAUAAUUUUACAUUAUCUAGUGGUUCUGUCAUAACAAUGUCCUGGGGAUAUGCAUGUUCAUUUAUAGAAAUUAAUGAAGAAAAGUCUGUUUUAUGGGCUUUAUGUGUCUUUCCUAUGGGGGAAUGGAGUGGCUUACUCUCCCCACAUUCCUUUGCUUUUGCGUAUGGCUACCUUCCCCCACCUGGAAUGUCUCUGAGGUCCACUAGUUGCUGGACCAGUGUCAGCAAAGGGGGAGUAAAAGCUGAUAAUGAUCAGUGGGAGAGCAGACAUCUCGGAGUCUACUUGGGCCUACUUGGACCUUUGCUUGCUACGGUCUUGAGACGUUUGUUGGAUUAUUCAUUAAAUAAAGAAUAAUUGUGUGUCUGACUGGUCCAGAUGCUACACUCCCCUGUCUUAAAACUGAAGCUAAACAGUUUUUAGAUGAAGAGAUCACAUUGGAGGAAGUGAAUUAAGUAAUAUCUCAGUUACCUAAUAACACAGCAGCUGGUCCAGAUGGAUUUAGUGCCAAAAUUUACAAAAAAAUUCAGGAACAAUCUUGUUCCAAUGAUUCAUUGUUUGAUCAAAUGUGCAGCUGCGCACAACAAAUUUCCACCAACAAUGUACCAAGUGAAUAUAGCUCUAAUCCCAAAACCGAAACGUGAUAAACUAAAAGUUUCUUCAUAUCGUCUAGUUUCACUUAUUCCAACUGAAACUGAGAUAAGUAAAAUUCUAGCUAACAGACUGAAAAAGUAUGUGUGUUCUAUUAUUCAUCAGGACCAGACUGGUUUUAUUCCCAACAUUUUAACCUGAGACACCUCUUUAACAUAAUUUAUAAUAAGAAAAGCACAAAGGCAAGCGUAAUUUCACUAGAUGCCAAAUGAGCCUUUGACCAAAUAGAAUGGCAAUAUAUGAUAUCAGUACUAAGGAAACUCAGAUUUGGUUCAGAAUUUAUAAAAUGGAUUGAAAUAAUUUAUGCACAUCCAGAAGCCUCUGUUAUUACAAAUCAAGACAUUUCAAAACCAUUUUAACUGUCUCGUGGCACGCGACAGAGAUGUCCCCUAUGUCCUUUUCUGUCUGCUAUAUCAAUGGAACCACUGGCUGCAAGCAUUAUACAACAUCCUAAAAUAUAGGGUGACCAUAUUCUGGUUUUCCAAAAAGAGGACACCUUUUUUUUUUUCGCCGGGGGGUGGAAUAAUAGGGUUCAAAACAGUGUUACUAUGAAUGCAAACUUUAAUACAGUGAAAAAGACUCUAUUAGCAUAACAUAAAUAUAUAUAAAUAAAUAAAAAAUGUCCAACAUUCUUUUGAAUGUCCAUGCACUAAAAUAAAAUAUUUGAUGCCAUGAGUGUACCUUCAUUUACUAUUACUAUUAUUUUGAAUGGCCAUGGAAAAUGAAGCAAUGUGAUAAUUUUACCUGGUCGCAAAAAGUAGUCCGUUAAUUUACCUGAUGAACUUUCACCUUUUGCUGACCCUUUAUGCUUCGCAGAGCUAAUGUGUGCUUCUAAGUCACUUGCACCUUGUGGCAGCGGGGGCGUGGUCAAGCAUCUCUCCGGAGAGAGAGACAGCGGUAAGGGCGCUUACACCUGAGUUAAAUUAUGUCUAACACCUGUCUCUAAUUUCAGUGAGCACGGGGAGAGUGGCAUAAAUAAAGCCACACAGCAGUUAGAAGGGAGAGAGAGCCUGGGCAUGGACUGUGAAGUCUAAAGUUAUUAGUAUUACAAAGUUGAGAAUGUAUUUUGUAAACUAGUUUGUGGAUGUUUUUGUUUGACUGAGUUAUCCAACAACGAAAAGCCCUGACAGUGUGUAUGUGCUGCAGUAAGGAAAAUAAAAGCACCUACCUGAACCAGGAAAUCUGCGUCUCGCCUCCUCCUUCUACUGAGAAGUGCUACACACCUUUAUUAGCAACUGACACAUAAGUGCCAGCUUUACAUGUCAUACAUUCUGUUUCCCACGGAUCUCGACCUGGACAAAAGCAUGGGAAUUUUUUGUGUAAAUCCUCUGUAAAGUUGCACUUUCGUUUUGGCAUUGUUUCCACUCAGCUGUCUUUUGCUGCUACUGUCAAGCAACUGUUUGAUGCCAAACACAGCAGCGCUUCGCGUGUUCGCGGAGAGAUUGGCAGGCAGGAAUUUGGCCAAUAGUUGCUGCAAGCCUCUUAUAAUCGACCAGUUGGUGUGCGAGAAGGUGGGACUUACAAAGAGGGGUUAAAGCAAUGCAAAUAUGCACACACACACACAAUGAAGUAUUAGACCAGAUGCACAUCAUAAUGCAACUAAAGCCGAAUGGACAUUCCGGCCGGACGCUUUUUUAAGGUCCAAAAAAGAGGACAUGUCCAGGAAAAAGAGGAUGUAUGGUCACCCUAUAAAAUAGCUCCUAUAGUGAUCAAGGGAAGACCCCAACAUCUCUCGCUGUCAUCUCUCACUGUAUGCAGAUUAUAUUCUUCUAUAUGUUUCUAAACCUGAAAUGUC